CAGACCAGAGCAAAAUAAUGGCCAUCUUUGGAAUCCCUUUUGCUGCUCAUAACUCUCUCUCAAUACAACCCACAAAAAAGCCUACAUUUCACUCUUUUCCAACAAGAAAUUAUCAAACAUUAGCUUCAACACUUGCCCAAUUUGACAAUUCUUCAACAACAGCCAAAACCCAUUUACCCAGUGCCAGGUAUUCCGCUCAACAUACUUCUUUUGUUCAGAACGUAACCCUUAUGCUUCAAUCUUUGGACUUCACAAACCCUGAUGCUUGUACUGAAAUUUAUGCUUUCAUUUUUCAAAAAUGUAAACAACUCAAUAAUCUGGAACUGGGUUCUCAACUUCAUGCCCAUUUGAUUGUUUGUGGAGUUGAAUUGUGUGCAUUUCUGGGUAGUCAAUUACUGGAGUUGUAUUGUAGACUUGGUUGUGUAAAUGAUGCUCGUAAAGUUUUUGAAAAAAUGCCUGAAAGAAACGUGUUUAGUUGGACUUCAAUGAUGGGAAUGUAUAAUGUGUUGGGUUGUUAUGAAGAAAUUGUAAAUUUGUUUUAUUUGAUGAUUAGUGAAGGAGUUAGACCUGAUCACUUUGUUUUUCCGAAAGUGUUUAAGGCGUGCUCGGAGCUGAAGGAUUUUCGAGUAGGGAAGGAUGUUUAUGAUUAUAUGAUAAGUAUUGAAUUUGAAGGGAAUGCUUGUGUUAAGAGAGCUUUACUUGAUAUGUUUAUAAAAUGUGGAAGAAUGGAAAUAGCAACAGAGUUGUUUGAAGAAAUUGAGUAUAAGGAUGUCGUGAUGUGGAACAUGAUGGUUUCGGGUUAUGCGUCAAGAGGAGAUUUUGACAAGGCCUUAACAUGUGUCAAGGACAUGAAGCUUGAUGGCGUCUUGCCUGAUCAAGUAACAUGGAAUUCGAUUAUCACGGGAUAUGCUCAAAGUGGAAGACUGAAGGAGGCUUCUAAGUGGUUUAGUCAAAUGAAUGAUUCCAAAGAUUUUAAACCAAAUUUAGUGUCUUGGACUGCCUUGAUAGCUGGACAUGAGCAGAAUGGUUAUUCAUCUCAAGCGUUGCAUUUGUUUAAGCAAAUGCUGAAUCAAGGAGUGAAACCAAACUCUAGAACCAUAGCUAGUGUAAUUUCAGCUUGUACCAACUUGUCUAUGCUUCAGCAUGGCAAGGAGAUCCAUGGCUAUUGUAUAAAGAAGGACGGUUUGCGUUCAGAUUUAAUGGUGGGUAACUCAUUGGUUGACUUCUAUGCUAAGUGCCAGUGUCUAGAUGCAGCACGUCUAGAAUUUGAUAAAAUUAAACAAAAGGAUUUGGUAUCUUGGAAUACAAUGCUAGCUGGUUAUGCAGUUAAAGGUUCUUAUGAGGAUGCCAUUAAACUUCUCAAUGAGAUGGAGAUACAGGGUGUUGAACCGGACACUGUUACAUGGAAUGGGCUGAUUACAGGCUUUACCCAGAAUGGACAAGGGGAGACAGCUCUUGAGUUUUUCUAUAGAAUGAACCAAGCAGAUAUGGACCUGAACAUAACUUCUAUAUCUGGUGCUCUUGCUGCUUGUACCCAAGUAAAGGAUUUGAAGUUAGGAAAGGAGAUUCAUGGCUAUGUUAUAAGGCACUGUAUUCAACUGUCAACAGGUGUAGGAAGUGCUCUUAUUUCAAUGUAUGCAGCUUGUAGUUGUUUAAAGAAUUCCUUCUCUAUUUUCAGCCAGCUCUCCACAAGAGACAUUGUCAUUUGGAAUUCGAUUCUUGCUGCCUUUGUACAAAGUGGACAAGUUAUUGAUGCUUUAAACUUACUUCGACAUAUGAUAUUCAGUAAUGUGAAACCCGAUACUGUAACAAUAGUCUCAGUCCUUCCUGCAUGUUCAAAAUUAGCUGCUCUGCGCCAGGGUAAAGAAAUUCAUCAGUUCAUCAUCAGGCAUGGGCUCAGUGUUGGUAGUUUUGUUUGGAAUGCUCUUAUUGACAUGUAUGGACGAUGUGGAGCAAUCCAAAAAAGUCGAAAAGUUUUUGAUUUAGUGCCCCGUAAAGAUCUAGUCUCAUGGAAUGUCAUGAUUUCGGUUUAUGGUAUGCAUGGUUUUGGGAUGGAUGCUGUAAACCUUUUUCGACGUUUGAGAGCAAUGGGACUGAAGCCAAACCAUGUGACAUUUACAAAUCUCUUAUCUGCUUGUAGUCAUUCAGGAUUAUUAGAUGAAGGGUGGAAGUAUUUUGAAAUGAUGAAAAAAGAGUACAACAUGGAACCAGCCAUGGAGCAAUAUUGUUGUAUGGUGGAUCUAAUGGCACGCGCUGGUCAGCUUGAUGAAACGCUAGAUUUCAUAAAGAAGAUGCCAUUUCAGCCCAAUUCAGCUGUUUGGGGAUCUUUAUUGGGCGCUUGUAGAAUACAUUGUAACCCAGACCUUGCUGAAUAUGCUGCAGGGUAUCUUCUUGAACUUGAGCCUCAAAUUUCGGGGAAUUAUAUACUGUUAGCCAAUGUUUACGCUGCAGCAGGAAGAUGGGAAGACGCGGCUAAAGUACGAUGUUUAAUGAAAGAAAGAGGAGUAACAAAAUCUCCAGGUUGCAGCUGGAUUGAGGUGAAGGCCAUAGUUCAUAGCUUCAUUGUUGGUGAUACUUCACACCGGUUGAUGGAUGAAAUAUUGAACAAAUUAGAAAGCUUGUAUUUCGAGAUAAAGAAAAUUGGAUAUGUUCCAGAUACAAAUUAUGUGCUGCAGAAUGUUGAAGAAGCCGAAAAGGAGUUCAGCCUGUGUGGACAUAGUGAAAAGUUGGCCUUAGCAUUUGGUUUGAUAAGUACAGAGGCAGGAAGCCCUUUAAGAAUAAUCAAGAACUUGAGAAUGUGUGGAGAUUGCCACUCUGCAACCAAGUAUAUAUCCAAGGUUGAAAAGAGAGAGAUCAUAAUGAGGGACAACUAUAGGUUUCAUCACUUUGUUAAUGGUGCAUGCUCAUGUGGAGAUUACUGGUAAAUAAUUUGAUUAGAUUAGCUGUAAUCAGAAAAUGUACAUUGGCUCUCUGCAAUUUGAUAGACUUGUAACAUUCCACGAUAACUUGUAAAGAGUACUGCGGGAAUACAGGUACUUCCGAAGCAUUGUAGUCAAAUUUAUAGUAGAUAUAUAAACUUUACAC